GCUUGUCUUCUUCGCGUGGCUCGAAACCCUACAUUUGAAAGAUCAACGGUCGCUUCAAAGAGACAAAAUCCAGAGACCAUUCCAAGUUUUCACUGCAAAGCUUCGAGCUUUAGGACCAAAACGAUGUCGCAAUCUUCUGCUCCUGGCGAGAAACUCAAGAGAAAGCGCCGAGAGAAAGAAGCAGAAGAAGAAGAAGAAGAAGAACCGAUUGGAGGAGAUAUAGAGGAUCUCUUUAGCGACAAAGAAACUCAAAAAAUCAGAAUGUCUUUACUUGACUGGUACGAUGCGAAUCAGAGAGAUCUUCCAUGGAGGAAGAGAAAUAAUGAAAGUGAAAAGGAGAGAAGAGCUUAUGAGGUUUGGGUAUCGGAGAUUAUGCUGCAGCAAACUAGGGUUCAGACUGUUUUGGAGUAUUACAAACGUUGGAUGCAUAAGUGGCCAACCAUUUAUGACCUUGCUCAAGCUUCCCUUGAGGAGGUAAACGAAAUGUGGGCAGGUUUGGGGUAUUAUCGGCGGGGGCGUUUUCUUUUAGAGGGAGCGAAGAUGGUUGUUGCGGGGAAGGAUGGUUUUCCUAAUCAAGUGUCUAGCUUGAUGAAAGUUAAAGGAAUAGGAGAGUAUACAGCCGGAGCAAUUGCCUCUAUUGCUUUCAAUGAGGCGGUACCUGUUGUUGAUGGAAACGUGAUAAGAGUACUUGCCAGACUAAAGGCCAUCUCAGCUAAUCCAAAAGACCGGCUUACAAACAGGAAUUUCUGGAAACUAGCUGCCCAGCUAGUGGAUCCUUCACGUCCUGGAGAUUUCAACCAAUCUCUGAUGGAGCUUGGUGCUACUCUAUGUACUGUUUCAAAGCCAAGUUGCUCUUCUUGUCCUGUUUCCAGUCAAUGCCGUGCAUAUUCACUUUCCCUGGAAAACAGAACCAUUUCCGUGACAGAUUAUCCUACAAAAGUGGUCAAGGCCAAGCCACGGUGCGACUUUUGUUCCGUAUGUGUUUUGGAAAUACUGAACCUGGAGAGGAACCAAUCAGGAGGUAGAUUUGUUCUUGUAAAGAGACCUGAAGAGGGUCUGCUUGCUGGUCUUUGGGAGUUCCCAUCUGUUAUAUUGGAUAAGGAAGCUGGUUUGGCAACAAGGAGGAACGCCAUCAACCUCUACCUUAAGGACGCAUUUCAAGUAGAACCCAAGAAAACAUGCACUAUAGUUUCGAGAAAAGAACUUGGAGAAUUCGUCCACAUUUUCACACACAUACGUCGAAAAGUGUAUGUGGAGCUAUUAGUUGUACAACUGACAGGUUUGACCGCUAACUAUUUCUUUCUUUCUCGGUCUCUCUUUUACAUGGACAUGGACAUAACUAUAGUCAGAAAUAUUGACAAGAAAUUACUCUCUUCUCUGUGUCAUACAAUGUGGUACAGAUGA